AUGAAAGUCCUGAUCGAGUUGAGUCAUCGAUCCUUACAUAGAGCGAAAAUUCAUUCCCAGAUUUAAUGGAGGAAGAAGGUAUAUGUUCAACUCCUCGGUCAGUUGAAGACAAGGAUAAUGAGUACCACUUGAGAAAGAGAGAAAAACGGUGAUGAGUACAACUCAGUGGACCGAAUUAGUGAAUUGCCGAAUGAAAUUUCUGCUAGGAUAUUGUCUUUCUUGCCCCUAAAGGAAGCGCAAGCUACUAGUAUCCUUUCUAGGAGAUGGAGAUAUGCUUGGGAUUCUACUGCCACUCUCGACUUUGAUGCUAAAUUUCAUGCUCCUAGAAAUUUGCGUAGCUUCAGAGCCCUCGAAAAGGAAUUGAAAGACUCGGAAAGUCGCAGAUAUGUCAACUGGGUGAAUAGUGUGGUGGAACGACACAGAGGCCCAACCGUGGAACGAUUCAGGAUUUGCUAUGAUCUUGAUUGUCGUUUCACAACUUCGAUUGAUAAAUGGAUUCAAUUUGCAAUGGAAAAUGGAGUUGAGGAACUUGAGUUGGAGCUCUUUGUGGAAUGCGGCCUUGUGUACCAAGAUAACUAUAUUUUCCCCCAUAAAUUACUAGCCAGUCCAAGUCUCAAGUCCCUCAAAGUUCUUCAUUUCAAAAAUGUCAAUGUGACUGGAGAAAUCCUCGAGCACUUCCUCUCUAACUGUCCAUUUCUUGAAUGGUUGACGGUUAAUGCUUCCAGAAAUUUGGGUAAUUUUAGGGUUGUUGGUCCAUCGAUUGCAUUAAAGUACUUGGUGAUAAAAUACUGUCCACAGGAAAGCAUUCAGAAACCAAAUGAAACCAUUCGUAUUUGUGACACAAACCUUGUUUCAUUCACUUUUAUUGGGGGCGAGAGAGACUUGCUUCUCACUAAUGUACCAUUUCUUGUUGAGGUUUCCAUUUCUGAGUAUGACCUUCGUACCGAGUUAAUAACGCUUGUCUUCUCCCAACUUUCAUGCUGUCUUUCUCAGCUCCAGAUUCUCACAUUGGAUAUCACUCCAUCGGUCUCCAGUUUUUUCCUUGGGCCAGGUUAUGAGGUCUACAAUAAUAAGAACCAAGAAUUUCCUAUGCUGGAAAAUCUCAAGCAUUUGGUUUUAAUAGUUGAAGCUGGUUAUCCUUGGGUUCUUCAUCAAUUGGCUUUUUUCAUGAAGGCAUCUCCUUUCUUGGAGAGACUUGUGUUGAAGUUGCCAUUUCCGACUCCAAGAUUUUGGCAAAGACCCGAUCAAAGAAGAAAAAUAGAGAAAUCUUUUAAAUGUCAGCAUCAUUUCCUUAAGGUAGUAGAAAUAAUAGGGUAUCGUGGCCGUGCUGAUACUCAUGUCAUGUUCAUAACAAGGAAUGCUGUUUCAUUGGAGAAAAUUGUUAUUGAUCCUGUUCGGCGUUGGUUGUUUCCUCGUGGAAUGGACACAGAUAGAGGAAUUAAAGAAAUUGCCAAGGAAGUGAAGGCACGAGCUCAUGCCAUGCAGAAGCUGAAAGAAAAAUUGCCUUCAACUAUUGAAUUUGUAUGCCUGAAAUAAGACUAAAAGAGCAAUGGCUAAACUUUGAGUCAAAAAGGAAAUAUAGAAUUUAAAUGAGUUCCAAAACUUGCGAAGCUGCAUGUUGCAUUACUUCACUGACUAAACUUUCGUUGGCAAGCUGAUUUUGUCAAUAUGGGAGCCAAAGUUGAUAUAUCUCGUAAUAUCAUUGCUGCGCUUAAUGCUUUGUCAGAAGACCUGAGAAAGGAGCUCCAAUUGAUGAGAGUAAUUAAUUGGGUCAUUUUCAGUCAUGACUAGUUUGAGAUUUGCUCCUAUAUAUAGUGUAAUAAGGUCACUAAAUGUGUGGCUAAAACUGCUAUGUUUUUGCCUUUUGUUACGUAUUGGUAUUGGUCAUGGAUCAAGUUUCCAUUACUUUGGUUCAAUUCUUGCAGAGGUCAAGUAUAAAUAGAUUGAGGUACUCUUUUUAUAUUUGCUCAUUUCUUGCAGAUAAUUGAGUCGAGUGUAAAUGGAAUGAGGUUUAAAGGUGAGUAGGUGACUAGUCAAAUGCCCUUCAAUUUGUAAGUUUUCUUAAU